AUGACGGGGCCAGCCGAAGGUGACGACGCAGGAGGCGAGAAAGAGUACAUGUACAUGUUCGAGACCGACGGCCGGCGGUUCCUCUUCAUCCGCAACAUUGGGUAUGGGGCAGAGUCUGUGGCCCAGCUGGUCAAGGAUGUCAAAACGGACAUGAACCUGGUACGCAAGGUAGCUCACCAGCGUAGACUUCGCUUGGGUCGUUCCAACGUGGGCGAAACGCGGAGGCAAUUGAAGAAGCCGAACGAGAUUCGGAUAGUGGACGCCAUUAGGAAGACCUUCAAGGCCCCUGAGGUGGGCUUCCCAUGCUACAUUGUUGAUUGUUACGGGCAUGAGUACAUCGAAUCCAAGCACCAAGACCUAGUAGGCCGGUCCAUGUACCACUCCGUCUCGUAUUGGAAGCUCUGUAACGGGGGUAGCCUCAAAAGGCGGUGGGAGAGACCGGCAAUCGAUACCCAAUGCAUACCGACGUCAAUCUUUGCGCGUAUGAUUCGGCAGGUCCUCAGCACAUUUCACUGGAUGUACACGGCUGGCCCCGACCCACUCUACCACCGCGACGCUCACGCAGGUAACAUCUGGAUCAACUGGCGGCGGGAUACUAUCCUGCCUGACUUUUACGUGGGCGACUUCGGCAGCGCCCGUUUCGCUCACGACGCACCGGAUACUUGGGAUGUCGCCGAAAGGUCAACCCAUAGCCCUGAACCGGUGUACGACUUGAACCAGUUAUAUGAUAACUUCUACUCCAUUCUCAUCGCACAGGGCGACCACUUCGGGCACGGCCAUCCGGGCCGGAAAGCAUUGCGUAAGCUCUGUGAUGGCAUAUCUAAGGUAGUCUUUCUAUGGAAGAGUACCGGCGACAAGGAAACACCGCCAGACCUAAGGCCUCUUAUCAGAUGGGCGCAAAGCCUGGAGGAGAAGUACGGCAAAGGAGGUGAGGAAGACGAGACAGGAUCAGGACGGUACAUGGAUUUCAUCGCUGAGUCACGCAACAUAGCCCUCAAGGUGGAGCGCGAGAACGCUUUGGUUGUUGUGACGGCGAAUAUCGAGAAUGCACUGAAUCCGACCGUCAUGGACAUGUCAAUCAGAAUGAAACAACAGAUUCAUGGACCGUGGAUGCUUGUGACGGUGGACGGGUACUGGGCCGAGGGCGGGCCGGUAACGCACCACAGGCCGAACGGAAGUGUGCAUAACCCGGACGGGAAAGAAGACCUGUCGGUCACGAAAAGGCGUUCAGUGCUGAACAUGGCAUUAGACGUAUCAUCUGCGAGUGAUGAUCCCUCACCGCAACCGGCCUUCUCUUUCCCGGGAGGGGACGCCAACCGUUCUACCACGGCGGUCGACACAGAAUCACCUCCAUCCACCCCAGAGGUCGCGCCGGAGGCCACUUGGCAGCCGGGGGAACACGACCCUGAGAUGUUUGAGAAAAUUGGUCUGGGUCACCUGUUGAGAUCCGAUACCGCCGCUCCGGCAGAUAUUAACUGGCAGGAAGUCAGAUCAUAUGUCGGUAAAGCUCUGAAAAUAGCUGGUGGCAAGAUCCGCAGCACGCUAACGCCCCUUGAAAACAAAGCAAAACAUUGGCACGCUUUGCUCCACGGCUCCAAAUGCGAGUGCGCCGACGCGGUCUGGAUGGCUGACAUGGAGAACGAGUUGAAGCAGGCGAGGAUGGCGAGGGUUGUUGGGGAAAUGCACCUGGCUGCUUUUGACUUUUCUGAGCAUGAUAGCUAUUGAACGCGGCCAAAGGGCAGAUGGGGGGCGUCAAGUCUUCCCUUUCAUAGUGCCAUGAAGUUUGU